AUGGCGCCCCAGGGGCGGUGCAGGCGCAGGCGCAGUGGCGGCGGCGGUGGGGCCAUGGCGGUGGCGGCGCCGCUGCCCCCGGCGACGCGAGCGCCCCCUGGCGGUGCCGCGGGGCGACCGGAGGCGAUGGGUCCAGGCCCGGGGGGGGCAGCGGCGCAGGCAGGACCGGGGGGAGAUGUCCGGGCCGAGGGCGCCGAGGGGCUGUUCGUGGUGCUCGGAGCCGGGCUCGCCGCCGCCAGCCACCCAUUGCUCUACGUCAAGCUGCUCGUCCAGGUUGGGCAUGAGCCACUACCUCCAAUUGUUGGAAGAAAUGUGCUGGGGAGGAAGGUCCUGUACCUGCCUGGCUUCUUCACCUACGCCAGACACAUUGUGGAAGUGGAUGGGAAAAGAGGCCUCUUCCGUGGUCUUACUCCUCGCCUCAUCUCAAGCACUUUAUCAACCAUCACCAGGGGGAGCGUGAAGAAGGCCUUUCCUCUGGAGGACAUGGAGCACGUUUCUAACAAGGAUGAUGUGAAGACCUCCCUUAGGAAAGUGGUGAAAGAGACAUCUCAUGAGAUGAUGAUGCAGUGCAUGUCCAGGGUUGUCUCACACCCACUGCACGUGAUCUCCAUGCGCUGCAUGGUGCAGUUUGUGGGCCGGGAAGUCAAAUACAGCGGAGUGUUCAGUGCCAUCGGCAGGAUCUUUAAGGAAGAAGGGAUCCUGGGAUUCUUUGUGGGUUUAGUCCCUCACAUCCUGGGGGAUGUCAUCUUCCUCUGGUGCUGCAACCUCUUGGCUCACUUCAUCAACACCUACGCUGUGGAUGAUAAUUUCAGCCAGGCAUCGGUGAUCCGGAGCUACACGAAAUUCGUGAUGGGGAUCGCUGUGAGCAUGCUGACCUACCCAUUCCUUCUUGUGGGAGAUCUCAUGGCAGUGAACAACUGUGGGUUGCGUGCAGGCCUCCCUCCGUACGCUCCUGUGUUCACAUCCUGGAUCCAUUGCUGGAGGUAUCUCAGUGCACAGGGGCAGCUGUUCCGUGGCUCCAGCCUGCUGUUCCGCAGGGCACCGAUGCCAGCCGGCUGCUUCCCCACCGACUGA